GGAUUAGAUCUGUAUUGUGCGAUAAAGCCCUGGGUUGAAGUUCGUUAAAGGUGAUCAUAGAAAUGGAUUUUACCAUACGCUUUCGGCUUCAACAACGCAAAGUAGCAAAACUGUCUUAGCUUCAUUGAACUUGCAAUUUCAUUUAACGGCAAAAUUGCCUAAUUGAUCUUUGUCGAGAGGCAAACACAUUACUUGCGCAACGAGGGAAUUGGCGGGUUCUAAAAGUCUUUCACAAACACAAACAAGCUUGGGAGUCUAAAAGGUCUUAAGAUGCAAACGUGUCAUCAAUCAUCAUAAACCAACAUUAAAAGCUGAUAAUUAAUUUUGUUAAUCAAACACCGAACUCUUGAGUGGAGUUCGUCGAUGCGGACAGGAGGCGAUGCCUUCGAGGGUAAUCCAUGUAUCUUCAGCACCGGAGACGGACGGGUAUCCGAGAAUGGCCUUCACGGACCCCGAGAAGGGGAUCUAUACCACCGAGGUGGGGACAGCGGGUCCCCUCCCAUUUAAAGGGUUACCCCCUUACAAGGACAAGGUGACAUGGAUUGCGGUUGUUGCCAAGGGUGUACCCGAUACUGUCAGUGUUUCUGGGUUGAAAUAUCUCUUCAAUGGACGCGAGAACAGGACGAGAAGGAUGGUAUGGUCUUGGGUUAUUGGUAUAGCCCUCGGGGUGAUGACCUACCAAGUGUUUGAUCGAUGCGUCUAUUACUCCAACUACCCCAAGAGUGUCGACGUCGAGAUCAACUACGUCACCAACCUCACUUUCCCGUCGGUGGCCAUUUGUAACUAUAAUUCCUUCAGGAGGACCCCGCUCCAGGCAGUUCCGGAGUAUCGAGCAAUGCUUACCGAUAUUUAUCAGAACCAUGGCUACUUCACAAACUUUACAAAGUUCUAUGAGAGCGGACUCGUGAACUUAAGUACCACAGAUUUACACGUCGAUCUGGCCCAUAAAAUCGAAGAUUCAUUUGUAUACGGUUUCUGGGGUACCGAACUUCUGUCUCCUGCCAACUUUUCAUUCGAUAUUUUCGACUUCGGAGUCUGCUUCACAUUCAAUACGGGCAAAGAUGGCAGCGAUUUGCUCAUGGUAGAAACAUCGGGCAAACUCCACGGACUUGGGAUAAUACUGGAUACGCAACAAUGGGACUAUUUCUAUUCGAGCGAUUUCCACCGUGUUUCGAGCGGUUUUCAAGUGAUGGUCUACGACCGGAAUGAGGUCCCGUUAGUCUCAGAGUUGGGCUUCGCUGUAGGACCAGGGACCGAGAACCUAGUUGGUCUGGAAAUUACAGAGGUGAAUAAUCUACCACCGCCUCACGGGGUUUGUGGCAAGAAAAAUCUGAAAUAUUACGACCAUUACUCCACAUCAGGAUGUCGUCAGGAGUGUCAUACUGACUUUGUAAUUGAUAGGUGUGGAUGCAAAGAACCUUAUAUGCCAGGUAACUCGUCUGUAUGUAACCCAGUGGAGCUAUAUGACUGUGCGGCAUCGGCUACAGUCGAGUUCAUCAAGAAUGCAAGUAGUGAGUGCAAAUGUCCGGUUCCUUGUCACAGCGUCACAUACGAGCCCGUGGUCACAACGGCUGGUUUUCCGUCACACUUUUGGGCCCAAACGCUGGCCCAAAUCUACCAGAGAGAAUAUAACGUUUCUCUUUCUUCAGAUUAUUUCAGCGAAAAUAUGUUGUUUAUAAACCUCUUCUUCAAAGAGCUGAGCAUUGAGAAGAUCACACAGCAGAGAGCUUAUACAUUCUUCAGUCUUCUUUGUGACAUAGGGGGCUCAAUGGGACUGUGGCUAGGUGGGAGUAUUCUCACCUUCUUCGAACUCUUCGAUCUCUUGAGCAACUCCACCUAUUUCUACUACACAAGAUUAGCGCGGCGAAAGUAAUUAAUCAGUAAUUUACACUAUAAUGAAUAAGAAUAAAACUGGAGCUUACUGUUAUUUCAAUAUUGCCGACCAUAUGAACUCGAACUCAGUCAAUUUAAUUUAUUACUCCAUUACCUCAGUUGUAAACAUUUGAUUUGAACAAACAGACCUAAAUCAAACUUGAAUAGUGCUGAAAAUGUUAUCAAAAUCGGAUGAAAAUAUCCAAGAAAUGUUUCAAAGAAUGCUCCGGGCUGAAGAUAACAUGAUUUAUACAUAUAAAAAAAAAUCAGACAAACAAAACACUGAAAAUUUGAUAAAAAUCGGACAAGGAAUAACAAAGUUAUGGCAUUUGAUUUGCAUUAUUCCGGUGACUAAAAUAAUUCUAGGCAUGUCUUCAUGAGCGAAUUGAUGGUGUCAUAUCCCCACUUGUUCUUUUGUAUUUUAUUACAUGAAAUAAGAUUCAUUCAAAAAUGUUCUACC